AAUAGAAAUAAAUCCAAUAGUCUUUUUUUCUCUGUUAUUAUACCUCCUCCUCCUCCUUCCUUCUUUAUUUUUCCGAUCGGUGGACGAAAAUAUUAUUGGAUUUUCUUCCAAUGUAUCGUUAAAAAACUUGAUCAUGGAAUAGUGUUAAUAUUCCAAAUAAAUGUCAUCGAUCUGGAAAUUAUAGAAGGAAGGAGAGUAACAAUAUUAUUAAUAAAUGGAAAUUCAGAGGUUAAAAGAUUUACUGUUAUUGUGGGCAAAAGUGCAAACAAAUAGACUUGCCCUCGUGGGUGGCAACCACACCGCAGCCAGGUUUUGCACUCGUUAAAAAAAAAUAUUCGUAAUUUUCUAUUAUUCUAGCUCACCAACCCUCUUCUUUUUUUUUUAAUUAGUAAUAAUUCGACUUUCUUUUGUGUUUCGAGAGAUUUUUCCAACAACCUAGUGUCUUUUUGGUGUCAGCUGGUGUCUGGUUAGCUUGCAUGCACCUUUUUGUGAUUCGUGUUACUUGUCAUAACAAAUAUGAGGUACAAAAUGAUGAAUAACAUGUUGCAAGGCUUUUACAACAAGCAACAUAGCAAAAUGAGAGGUUUAUACAUAGAUGGAUUAAUGGAUUAUAAUUGGGAUACAAAGUUGGUGAUUAUAAGAAUAGACCAUUCUUGGGUUUUGAAGUUUAUGGCUCGUGCAACAAUAUUAGCAUUGGUAAUUGUUUCUUUACCUUGGAUUAAUACGAUAAUCGGGUACUUAUCAUUGCGAUACGAGUCUAAUUAUGCUUAUCAAGUUGAUAAUGAGAUGGUUUAUAAUCCAAUUAAGUUGGAGUUUUUGCCUAUGAUUUUUCAAGAUUUGGCUAAUGAAAGACUCAUAAGAAUGGGUGAUAGGUCCCUUCUUGUUAGCAAUGGCAAUGAGGAAGAAAUUUAUAAUUCUCAAGUUGUUAAAGAUUAUAAUCCUAAUUUGAUUUCAUUUUCAGAUUCUACACAACAAAAUCUUGUCCCUAAUGAAACUUUUGAUUUUGUUUUGGCCUAUGGUUAUCCUCAAUUAUCAAAUUUUAUUGAAAGAGCUUUGAAAGUUGGUGGUAUUCUAGUUGUACCACUAAGUGACAAUCCUUUGGUUGAUGAAUUUCCACAUCCAUCAAAUUACAAGAUUGUCUAUGUUAGAAAAUUUGAUUCAACUAUUGUAGCCAUGAAGAAAAUAAAGAAUGUCUCUAUCAACUCUUCUACGCAGCGACUUCUUGAAACUAAUGCAGAAAAGGUGUCUAAUGAUUUUACAAGUGCAAAAAAGGCAGCACUAAAGAAACUAGAAAAUGUACUACUUGAACCACCAAGAGCAGCCUCAGGAAAAUCGAGUAGAUAUCUAAAAAAGACACAUUUUUUACCUGAUUUAAUGGGGGUUUCCCUAGAGAGUUACCCAAGAAGGGUUUUCAUUGAUGUUGGUUUACAAGAAAAGAAUGAAAAAUCAAGUGAUAAUUAUCACUCUACUUGGUUUACAAAGCAUUAUCCUACAAGAAACACAAAAUUUGAGAUGUUCAAGAUUGAGACUAUAAAUGAAGAAUCAAGUGGAAAAGAGAUACCAUUGAGUACUAUUAACAUGUCUGAUUGGUUACAAAAAAAUGUAAAAGAAAAUGAGUAUGUGGUAAUGAAGGCAGAGGCUGAUGUGGUUGAAGAAAUGGUGAACAAUAAAAGUGUUAAGUUAAUUGAUGAACUUUUCUUGGAAUGUAAACAUCAAGGAAUUAAAAAAGGUGAUAAGAAAAAUAGGAGGGCAUAUUGGGAAUGUUUAUCAUUGUAUGGAUUGUUGAGAGAUGAAGGUGUUGCUGUGCACCAAUGGUGGGGUUGAUGACUACGACAACAAUAAUAUAUUUAGUGUAAUGAUCUCGAG